AGCUACACGGUGUCACGGUGGGGACAGAGCAGGCUGUAUAAGCUGUAUACUUUUAAUUUUGCUGUUUACAGUGGAGGAAGCUACACUUUGCCCACACAGCUGACAGCAUGGAGGACACAGGGAUAGUUGGGCAGCUACGGUGACGGAUAAACUUAUCGGCCCUGGAUUUAAGUCAGCUUUAUCUAACUGAGGUUGCCUGUGAGUGAACUUCCAACCAUGGUGCAGGAAUACCAGUCUCCCGUUCGGGUCUACAAGCAUCCAUUUGAGUUAAUAAUGGCGGCCUAUGCAAGGAGAUUCCCAAAGUGCCCCCUGAUCCCGGUGUUUGUCGACAGUGAGAUCGUAAGUGAAAACCAAAGUGAGGAUGGAUCUGUGCUGGUGACCGAGAGGCGCUGUAUAAUCGACAUUGAUGCUCCACGACUUCUCAAAAGGAUUGCUGGUGUAGAUUACCUGUACUUUAUUCAGAAGAACACUCUGAACCGCAGAGACAGGACGCUCCACAUCGAGGUCCAUAAUGAAACCUUUUCCAACAGAGUCAUUGUCCGUGAGCGCUGCAACUACACGGUUCAUCCAGAGAAUGAAGACUGGACGUGCUUUGAACAGACAGCUAGUCUGGAUAUCAAGUCCUUUUUUGGCUUUGAGAGCACGGCAGAGAAGAUAGCCAUGAAACAGUAUGCUGGAAGCAUUAAAAAGGGUAAAGAAAUUAUUGAGUACUACCUCAGAGAGCUGGAGGAAGAAGGAGUAACUUACAUACCUCGUUGGAUACCCCCUGUUGUCCCUGGCACUACUGGUGCCAGGCUCCAGCUGCCGCCCACCUCUACUGCCAGGGCCAUCCCUGUGAACAGUGCCAAGGAUGGACUACCCGUCAAAGACCCUGCCUGUCCCACAGAGCUUGUGGCUGGCUCUCCCGAUGACAAGUUGGAUGCUGACUACAUCAGACGUUACCUCGGUGAUUUAACGCCUCUGCAGGAGAGCUGUCUCAUUCGACUGCGCCAGUGGCUCCAGGAAACCCACAAGGGCAAGAUUCCAAAGGAUCAGCACGUGCUGCGCUUCCUCAGGGCCAGAGAUUUCAACCUCGACAAGGCCAGGGAGCUUUUGUGCCAGUCUCUCACCUGGAGGAAACAACAUCAGGUGGAUUUCUUGUUAGACACGUGGGAACGGCCACAACUGCUUCAGGAAUAUUACACUGGAGGCUGGCACCACCAUGACAGAGAUGGCCGUCCUCUGUAUAUCCUCCGUCUGGGUCAAAUGGACACUAAGGGUUUGGUGCGAGCCUUGGGAGAGGAGAUGCUUCUAAGACAGGUCCUGUCCAUCAAUGAGGAGGGACUGAGGCGUUGUGAGGAAAACACCAGAGUCUUCGGGCGACCUAUUAGUUGUUGGACUUGCCUGGUGGAUCUGGAGGGUCUUAACAUGCGUCACCUGUGGAGACCAGGCGUCAAGGCUCUGCUGAGAAUCAUCGAGGUGGUGGAAGCCAACUACCCCGAGACUCUGGGUCGGCUCCUCAUACUGAGGGCGCCUAGAGUUUUUCCAGUGCUCUGGACCCUGGUCAGCCCCCUGAUCGAUGAAAACACUCGGAAGAAGUUUCUGGUUUAUGCUGGAAAUGACUAUCAGGGUCCGGGAGGCUUGGUGGACUACAUUGACAGAGAGAUCAUCCCUGACUUCUUAGGAGGGGACUGCGUGUGUGACAUCCCUGAAGGAGGCAUGGUCCCCAAAUCUCUGUACAGGACAGCAGAGGAGCUGGAGAGUGAGGAGAACCGCCUGCUGACUGACUCCAUCUAUAAGAGUGCAAGUAUCUUCAAGGGAGCCCCAUAUGAGUUGCUGAUCGAGAUCACAGAGGCCUCCUCCGUCAUCACCUGGGAUUUUGACGUGUGUAAAGGAGACGUGGUCUUCAACAUCUACCAUUCCAAGAGAGCCCCUCAGCCUCAGAAGAAAGACACUCUUGGAGCCCAUGGCAUCACAUCCCUAGGGGCCGUCAAUGUUCAGCUGAUAGACAGGAGCUGGGUGCUGGGCCAGGACUACAGCAUGGUGGAGAAAGCCCUCACUUGCAGGGAGGGAGAGAGUGUACAGGGCUCCCACAUUACACGCUGGCCUGGUUUCUACAUCCUCCAGUGGCGUUUCCACAGCUCUCCAGCCUGCACCGCCUCCAGCCUGCCUCGUGUGGAUGAUGUGCUGGCCUCUCUGCAGGUCUCCUCCCACAAGUGUAAGAUCAUGUACUACACCGAGGUGCUGGCCUCCCAUGACUUCAGGGGAUCCAUGACCAGCCUGGAGUCUUGUCAUAGUGGUUUCUCACAGCUCAGUGCUGCCACUACUUCCUCUAGCCAAUCACACGCCAGUUCCAUCUCAAGGUAGCAUCUGCUGAACAUGUGUCUCAAGGCAAUAGUGACCUAAAACCUACUGAUACCUGACUCUGCCUUAUGUGUUUAUUUUUUCACUCAUAUUCAUAAAUUAGAAUUUGAUCUGACAGGUUUUUUUUCUGUAAAGUUUUAUUGAUCUUUGUUUCUGGGGAAUGAUGUAGCAGUUUUCCUGUUAGUUUUUCUUUGUAUGAUAUUUGUGUACAUUAUAACAAAUACAAAUGUGCCAAUUUGUUUUUAGAUACAUGCCCAUAAACAUGACAUUGCAGAGGAAUAUCUGAUGUACAUCUGUGGGAUAAAUACAUUCAAAAGCCUCAGGAACAUCGGUUUUUGAAUACAAGAGAGUGAAGUAGUAUCUGUAUAAUGCGCACAGCUUCUGUCCCUGAAGUUGCUUCUAUUGUCCACAAGAUGUCAGUGCACUCUGUGGCUGGAACUGCUCUCAGAUCUGCAGUGUACAUAACACGAACGGUUUUUACUCACACACUUUGUCUCGUCUUCUAAGAAAUUGGAAGGAGUCUUGUUUAAAUAAAGAACUUAUCACACAAGUGAAUACUGAUGUA